CGCAUGCGCUAUGCCGUUCUGUCACAUUUAGCUUGGCGCUAGCAAUCCGGAUAGUGUUGGUGUUUAACGUUAAAGAAAAACUGUUUUCUUUUUAAAUAUAUAUUUUUCGCGAUUAUUUUCCUCAGACAAAGGACUGAUUUUAUCCGUGUGAUUCGUGGAGCGGUUGGAUAAUGACAUGGCGAUGGCGGGUCGCAGGGUGGAGUGUGUGUGGAAGAGGCACGUGGCGGAGCAGCUGAAGCAGAGGGACCGUGUCCAGCGACAAGCCUUUGAGGAGAUCAUCCACCAGUAUAACAGGUUGUUGGAGAAGUCAGACCUGCAGGUGGUGCUCUCAGAAAGAAUGCAAACAGAGAAAUAUGAACUACAGAACAGACACGACCUCAGCCCAGGGGCGGAGUUGAGCCGCUGUGAUCUCUUGCAGCAGGAAAUGUCUCAGAUGCGCAUCAAACACCAAGAGGAGCUCACAGAGCUGCACAAAAAACGCGGCGAGCUGGCCCAGAGUGUAAUCGAGUUGAAUAACCAGAUUCAACAGAAAGACAAGGAGAUCCAGAGCAAUGAGGCCAAGAUGUUGGAGUACCAGCAGCAGAUCUCCCAGCUGGAGGGCGAAUGCCGUGAGCUGCGUAACUGCCUGUCAGAUCUGGAGCGAGCCAACCAGACGCUGCGGGAUGAGUAUGACGCGUUACAGAUCACAUUCAGCGCCCUGGAGGAGAAACUGCGCAAAACCACAGAGGACAAUCAGGAGCUUGUCACACGCUGGAUGGCUGAGAAGGCACAAGAGGCUAAUCGGCUCAACGCAGAGAACGAGAAGGACUGCAGGCGCAGACAAGCGAAACUGCAGAAAGAGCUGGCCGAUGCUGCGAAAGAACCUCUACCUAUCGAUAUAGACGAUGACAUUGAGGUGCUUACAGAGGAGACAGGGAAAGGGACGGGAGAGACGUCUCCCAACCACCCAAUGAGUCGAACACCCAGUAAACGAGCAUCUCAACUUCCUCCUGGUAGUCUCCUAGAUUCCAUCACCAAUAUAUUUGGCGUUAGCAGGCGACGGUCUCUGAACUCUCACGGCUCGCCCCCAGACAACACAGAGACUCCCUCUGGUGUGUGUGCCGACGUCCGCGUUCCCUCCACUGCACUCCACGUGUUUGACGCCCAUGACGGUGAAGUGAAUGCAGUCAGGUUCAGUCCGGGUUCUCGCCAGCUCGCUACAGGAGGAAUGGACCGCCGUGUAAAACUGUGGGAGGUUAUUGCAGGUCACUGUGAGUAUAAAGGCGCUUUAAUGGGCAGUAAUGCUGGAAUCACCAGCAUCGAGUUUGACAGCACGGGCUCUUACCUGUUGGCUGCAUCCAAUGACUUUGCGAGUCGAAUCUGGACUGUAGAUGACUAUAGACUACGGCACACAUUGACAGGUCACAGUGGAAAGGUUCUUUCUGCUCGGUUCCUGUUGGAUAACGCUCGCAUUGUCUCAGGCAGCUAUGACAGAACGCUCAAACUGUGGGACCUACGAAGCAAAGUCUGUAUGAAGACAGUGUUUGCGGGCUCCAGCUGUAACGAUAUCGUGUGCACAGAGCAGUGUGUGAUGAGCGGCCAUUUUGAUAAGAAAGUGCGCUUCUGGGACAUUCGUGCUGAGAGUACAGUGUGUGAAUUGGAGUUGUUGGGUAAGGUGACAUCAUUGGACCUGAAUCAUGAUCGCACUGAGCUGCUCACCUGUUCCCGUGACGACCUCAUCAAAAUCAUCGACCUGCGCAGCAAUGCUGUGAAACAAACCUUCAGUGCACAGGGCUUCAAGUGUGGGUCAGACUUCACUAGAGUCACCUUCAGUCCUGAUGGCAGUUACAUUGCGGGAGGUUCAGCAGACGGUGUUCUAUACGUUUGGAAUGUUCUAACAGGGAAAGUGGAGAAAAACCUAGACAAAGGACACAGCUCCUCCAUUAAUGCGGUGUCCUGGUCUCCAUCUGGUUCCUACGUGCUCAGUGUGGAGAAGAGCAGCAAAGCCAUACUCUGGUCAGAUAUGUGAUUGAUCCGGCUCUGCCAAGCUCUGAUUGGCUCUCUUCCAGCCUGCUCUGAUUGGCUCACUUCCGGGCUUGAUCUGAAUGAUUCAAGUCUGCUCCAGCCUGCUGUGUUUUUUCUGACCCGCCCUGCUCUGAUUGGAUCACCUCUGCUUCACCUUGCUCUGCUCCAGCCUACAAAAGGACCUCACUUUUUUCCCCCUUGUACUUGUACAACAAUUCCCAUGACGCAGUGUGUUUGGGAGGCGUGGCCAUCUGUACAGAAACCCCCAACUCGCGUAUUAUAACUAUUUUAUAUCUGUAGUCCUCUUUGCUUUCUAAACACCCAUUCACACACAUCUCUGAUGAUAAGAGAGGUGUGUGUGUGGCUCUGUGUGUGUGUGUGUGUGUGUGUGUGUGUGUCUGUAUGUGGCUGUGUCUGUGUGUUUUUGAGGUGUGAGGAUGAUCAUUACUUAUUAAUAUUUUUUAAUAGUUUUCCUGUAGAUCAGGUCAGCGGCUCUGAGAACUGUCCAUUCAGGAGCCACACAGCAAGUCUUCACAAAAGUUCUUAAAAUUAGCAGUGCUGUUUUCAAAACACUGUUUUGAUUUCGUUGAAUUUAGAAUGAGCAUUAGCUCAUGACCCAGAAUAGCCUCAAAGGACGAAUCAGACGGUCAGAAAUGACAGCUCAAAUCCUGUCGAAAUUCACUAAGCUUGCUUUUAGUGUCAGUGACUUUGUACGAGUGACACUUUAAAUUAGCGAAGGCUGUUCCGUUGACUAGCUCAACUAAUUUAGAUAUUGGUGCUUACAGCCCCUACUGUAGUAAUUUCUUGUCUCGGUAUAUUAUAAUGAAAUGAAAAGACUUUAAAAAUGUUUACAAAAGUGUCAUUAUCAGCCAACACAAACACACAGCUGUACUGAUCUGUUAAAAAUGUGACGUCUCUUUGAAUCGGUGCAGGAUAUGAUGUAGAGGAGAUGACUGACAGAAGAACGAGCCAAACCCUACAGCCCAUGCUAACUAUCCACCUCAUUAUAUAUUCGCUGUGCUUUCGUCUCCUUUACCUUGCCUUAUGUGUAAUGGAGUAAGUGGAACACAUACACACACAUGCACAGAGAGAGAGAGAGAGAGAAAAAUGUGGCUUGCUCAAAGAGCUUCAACAUGCUGGAGUGGGUGUGGCCUAACAUAAACAGUCUGAUAAUGAUAAUGAAGAAACCUGAAAAUGAAGUGCACUUUAAUUAGGGCUUAAUUAAACACACACACACAGUCCACACCUCCUGAACACUGUUCUGUGUAUUAUUUCAUCCCCUGAGCCAAAGCAUCUUGGUGGCUUUUUCGAUUCAAAUGGGCAAGGCUAAAAUCUAGCACUUUGUAGUGGGUGGGGCUCUGGAUGACCCUUAAAUCCUAUUGGCUAAUGAACUGUGUUAUGUAUGUAUAUGUCUGUGUAUGAGACAAUGUAUGUUUACACACAAUGAAAUAUAUAACAUGA